AAGAUUAAUGGCGGGCCGCGUUUGUUGACUUUUAUUUGUUGUUGUCACGGAAAACCGAAGCUUAUUUAUAAAUAAUAUCGUAAAUAGAUAUAUUUUAUACGUGAAGAAUACCUGUUAAGUUUUUACGAGGCCUUACACGUUUAAAACAUGAGUUUCAGCUUCGGUUCGGCUACCACAACAGCGAGCAGUACUUUCGGCACUGCAACUCCAUCGACUGGGUUCGCCUUUGGUAGCGGUGAUACUGCCAAACCUGGUGGCCUCUUUGGUGCUAGUAAUGCAGAAGCCAAACCAGCAUUUAAUUUCACGAGUCCUUCUGGCGGAGGUUUUGCAUUUGGUGCUGCUAAAACCACAGCUCCUACAUCGACUUUGUUUUCUAGUCCAACUACUACCAAUGCUGCGCCAGCGUUCGGAGCGAGUAAGCCAAUGGGCUUCGGAGGAUUCGCUUCUCCACCGAACCAGACCAUCGGCAGUCCUAGUUUCGGUCAACCGGCAGCACAGGCAUCACCACAGAACUUGUCGUUUGGACAAACACAACCACAGCAGCAGCAACAACCGCCUCCGGCAUUCGGUUCACCCUCACAAGCUCCAGCGUUUGGUUCCUCACCGAGCACUGGUUUCGGCUUCAACAAGCCAGCUACAACAACAUCCGGUUUUGGGUUCGCCACGCCCACAUCUGGUUUCUCGGCGCCUGCCGCUAGCACUGCCAUAACAUCGACAGCACAGCAGCCACAGACGACGCAGUCAUUCCUGUCGUCCCCGCAGACGGGCUCGGGCAUGGGCUUCAGCCAGUCCGCUUUCGGCGCUAAGCCUGGCUCUGCCUUCAGCUUCGGCGGAGGGACUGCCUUACGAGCACCCGCGCCUGGCGCUGCUACAACCCUCGCAACUGGUUUCGGCCUACCCAGCCAGCAGCCGCAAGCGACUCAAUCCGGCCUCAGUUUCGGCACAACAACAUCUACAACACAGCAACAGACGCCCGCACCCAGGCUGGGAUCAGGACUAAGCUUUGGUACUCAACCGGCUGCGACACCGGCCUUCGGGACAGGGACAACGACCACAGGCUUCCAAUCACAACCGCAAACUGGACUUAGUUUCGGUGGACCUGUUACCAGUACGCCGGCUAUGUCUGCAGCUCAGCCUACAUCCGGAACCGGCCUAAGUUUCGGAACAACCCCAGCUAGCCAGCCACAGACAGGACUCAGUUUCGGGGCCCCAUCAUCAACAGCGCAGCCGUCCACAGGCCUUAGUUUCGGCGCCUCUGCCGCAACAAGCCAACCCUCCGGUCUCAGUUUCGGCGCUCCUGUAUCCGCAGCUACCUCACUUAUCGGCGCUACGACUAGCCAACCAUCCACAGGAUUAAGUUUCGGCACACCAGCAACCACAGGCUUAAGUUUUGGAGCAACGACAACCACAUCCACCGGGCUUAGUUUUGGAGCAACAACUUCAGCCUCAACUGGCCUCAGUUUCGGUGCUCCUACUUCAUCAACUGCUACUGUCCAACCUGUAUCAGGCUUUGCUGCAACAACAUCAGCGGCCGCAACUUCUGGUAUUAGCUUUGGUACAACAUCGACGCCAGCUACUGGCCUUUCAACUGCUCCUACAACCGGGCUUAGUUUUGGCACAAGUACAGCCUCUUCACAAGGAACGGGGCUUACUUUUGGCAGUACGUCGACGUCGGCAACUUCAGGGACUGGUUUCACUGGGGCCGCUUCUUCGCUAAGCUUUGGAAGACCUAUUACGACUACUGCUGUUUCUUCUGCAGCAUCAACUACAGCCCCUUCAGGUAUCACAGCGCUCGGUAAAACCACAGCUACAACGACUAUGGCGUCUUUGACUACUGCUACUACUACAACAACAGCAGCGCCCCCUCAAAUGGUCACCUCCAUAACAUUCGCGCAACUGGAGGAAAACAUCAACAAGUGGACGUUGGAACUAGAAGAGCAAGAGAAAACUUUCAUCAAUCAGGCCACACAGAUCAAUGCGUGGGAUCGACUACUCAUCGCUAAUGGAGAGAAGAUUGUAGAACUAAACGACGCCGUCCAAUCAGUUAAGAACGAGCAACAGAGCUUGGAACACGAGUUAGAGUUCGUUCUAGCACAACAGAAGGAGCUGGAAGACUUACUGGCGCCGAUGGAAAAACAGCUGCUUGAAGAUACUGGCGAUAGACUGAGGGAUCCCGAAAGAGAGCACAUGUACACACUAGCAGAGAACCUAGACACACAAUUGAGGCAAAUGUCUGAAGAUUUGAAGGAAGUUAUAGAACAUCUAAACGAGACUAACAGGAGUCAAGACAGCAAUGAUCCGAUCGUCCAAAUCGGUCGCAUUCUCAACGCUCACAUGUCAUCUAUGCAAUGGAUAGACAACUCCAUAGCACAGAUAUCAACGAAACUAGACCAGCUCAAAGCGACACACGACACACUCCGAAGAGAUAACGAGAGAUCAUUCCAAUUAACGUACAACUGAAUAAAUGAAGAAUAUAGUCGUCUACGUCAACCGUAACGGUGAAUGUUGUGAAGUAUUAAAGUUUGUAUAGAAUUUAAUAUGGAACUGACUGUUUAUAAGUAUAGAAUUGGGUAGGUAUUUGUUUAGAAAAAAUAUUAUUGGUCCGUCAGGUAUGUUACAAAAACAGUAAGAUGUCAACUCGUGUGACGUCACUUAUCAGUACACUUACCGACAUGUGACGUAAUAGCUCCUUGUUCCAUACGUUUCACCAUCUUUGUUGCGUUUUGUUUUAGUGUAUUUUAUUAAUUUUAUAUAAAACAACUUUUUUUUUAUUCCUAUCUGACGGCCUAAUUUGUUAUUUUUAUCGAAUACCUAAUUGUUGGAAUGACCUUAAUGAAUUGUUUACUUUUUCAAUGAGAGGGUGUUAAGAAACAUGUGAAAAGUAUCAGAAUAAAAAUGUCAUAUUUUUCUAUAAUGUAGCUUGUGUUGACACAAUAAGGUUUAAAAUCAAAUCGGUUUUUGUAUUGUUAUUGAUUUCUCUAAUUAUCAUUCUGCUUAGUUUAAAUUACCUUUCAAGAGGAAGUGUAGAUAAUGAUUUCGUAUAUCUCUGAUUUGUUUUUAUAAAUUAAAAGUGCAUGUGAAUGUUUUGAAACAGAAAAUUACAAUUGUUCUUUUCUGAUUUAUUACAAAUAUAACUAUUGUGAUAAAAACUUACUUCUAAUGUGUCUAAUUGUCGUAUAUUUUGAAAUACAAGUGCUAUCAAUACAAAUUGUUAUUACUUGAAUAAAUGUUCCAAAACUGCAUCAUUGUAUAUCUUUUGUUAUAACUUAAUACCUGACAUGAACAUAUAAUAUUGUAAUUUUUUUAUCUAUAAAACUUGAGUAAAAUAAUCUUGUGAAAUACUCCUCCGAAUGCCUACAAAUGACUUGAGUUUGAAAUGUACUGUCAAGUCUCUUUAAUUUAAAUUUAAACAAAGAAGAAACAACAUUUAUUUGAGACCAAUUAUAAGGUCACUAUAUAGUAAAAGAAAUGCAUACAUCUAUAAGGUUACUUAUACCUCAGUUGGGCUUUGGUUACUGUGAUGUUAACACGGAUUCUAAAUGUAAAAAUAAAAACAAAUUCGGAUUAUAAUAUGACAGGUCAAUUAAUAUGUAAAUGUAUUAAUAUGUAAAUGUAGUGAUUCCGAUGUUUAAAUUAAUAAUAUUUUGUUAUUAUUUGUAAACUUGGAAUUUUGUGAAGUAAAGUGAUUAUUAC